AUGGGAUCAACUAUUCUCCCCGCUAUGCAAACCUCUCCUAAGUACAUCUUCUUCACCGAUUUCGAUGGUACAAUCACAACCCGCGAUUCCAAUGAUUUCAUGACCGAUAAUCUUGGAUUCGGUCAAGCACUUCGCAAACAAGGAAACAAAGACGUUCUUGACGGCACAAAGACGUUUCGUGAUUCUUUCCAAUCAAUGAUGGAUAGUAUCAAAACUCCAUACAGCAAGUGUAUACAAACUCUUAUUGAGAACAUCAAGUUGGAUCCGGGUUUCAAGGAGUUUUUCGAAUGGGCGAGGGAGAACAAUAUGCCCGUUGUUAUUUUAAGUGGUGGAAUGGAACCAAUCAUUAGAGCAUUGUUGGAGCAUUUGUUGGGAAAGAAAGAAGCUGCGGAAAUUCAGAUUGUCAGUAAUCAAGUUGAGGUUAGAAAAGGAUUCAAGAGUCUCGACGAGGAGGGAGGUUGGAACAUUGUUUACCAUGAUGAAAGUCAUUUCGGACAUGAUAAAUCCAGAGAGAUUAGACCAUACGCUGCACUUCCAGAUGAUCAGAGACCGACUAUGUUCUACGCUGGAGAUGGAGUAUCAGAUCUUUCUGCUGCCAAGGAGACUGAUCUUUUGUUCGCCAAGAAGGGUCAUGAUCUUAUCACAUAUUGUGUUAGAGAGAAGGUUCCAUUCACAAUCUUUGAGGAUUGGACUUCUAUUCUUUCGACAGUUAAGGAUGUUGUUGCUGGAAAAACAACUGUUAAGGAAGUCUACGCUGCGGGCAUCAAGGACUUCGAGCAGGGAGGAAAUUAA